AUGGAACAAACUUUACAGGACACUUUGGAGGGGGCCGAUGAUACUACUGAGACUGUCCAGCAGCAACCCCCUCCGACGAGUACCGAAAAAUCUCUUCAGGAAAAACUGUAUGACAUUUAUGUGGAGGAGUGUGAAAAGGAGCCAGAAGCAGAGGGCCUUGGAAGCAAUGUCAACUUGCUAGAGAAGCUUAUGGAGAGAGAGCCAUUGCCAUGUUUAGUAGUCAGCCUGUACCCAGAAAACCAGGGCUAUUCUCUCAUGCUCAGGGAUAAAGAUGGAGUCCUUAUAGAGCCCAAUCCAGGGCCAUAUGUAGGACAGAAAUUGCUUGAAUAUUUGGAUGCUGAAGAGUUACCUUUUUUUCUGAUUGAUAUCCUGGAAAAGUCUCCUGUGAAUGUUUUUCACAGUGGCUGUGUCAUAGCACAAAUCCGAGACUACAGGCAGUGCGGUGACAUCUACCCUCCCAAGGAGCCUGCUGCAGAGGCUGCUGUGUCCUCUCCUGCUUGCCAAGUUCGGCAUAUUCUCUUAUGUCCAACGAUGCAGUCUCUAGUAAGCGAUGUCGAGUCCAUAACAAGUAACAGCAGUCAGUGUACCCAGGAAGAAAAAGUGAAGCUUGAGAGCCAACUGACCUCAGCUACAGCAGAGCCACUGUGUCUGGAUCCCUCUGUUGCUGCCACCUGCACGACCAACAAAUUGCUGUUUAAUGAGCAGAAGAUGAACACUAACCCCAUGCGGCAAUGCUUGAAGAGGCAUGCGUGCCCCUCUCUGGAUCAAGAGGAGGGACCAUCUGGGUGUUCUUGUCCCCCUGACUUUACGACAAUGACUCCUUUCAAAAAGCAGGCAAAAAUAAGUCCUGAUAACCCAUCUGAACUGCAGGUUGAUGGAACGGAAACAUGCAAGCAGAGUCUCUGUGAACCGACUGUGCCUUCAGAGAUGGAUAUGGAGAGCUUUGUUAAAGAGAUGCUAUCUCUGCCCUUUGAUGAGACUGAAACAACCGUCUCAGCAAUUCCUGAGGUAAAAUAUGAUUGUAUGUUUGAUUGUGAGGAUGACAGUCAGCUAUGGGAUAUGAGUACAGAUAUUAUGGAGUGUCUUAAUACACUUUUCUCUGAUGAAAUAGAGCCACUUGCAGAGGAUGGAAGUGCUAACCCCAUGUCUCUCCCUCCUGUGCCCCUGGGUGAUGAUUCAGAUGAUUUCCUGACAGGGAUAAACACUGAGCCUAGGAAGACAGUGGCUAUGUGCCAGGAGUCUGUCGAGAGCAAAGCUAGUUGUUCCGGCAAGAUGCCACAGGGGUCUAGUAGCUCAGUCUGUCCUCCUCAGCCCACCACAGGGAAGAAGCCCACGGCCAGUCUAGUGCCAUUGUCAGUCUUAGAGAAGGAAAGCAAAACUCUACCAGUGUCACGGGCCCCCAUCUCAGGACAGGGCCCCUCAUCUCUCAGGUUGGUCACACCAGAGGCCAGGCGAGACCCGCCACCUGCUCCUCAAGCAGUUACUGUGGCUCAGCAGACCACUGUGGGGAAGAGCAGAGUUAGCACUGCUCCUUCAGCUGUCCAACCCAGUUCUAGGUCAUCAGAAAACAACCCCAAGAUCCAGCCCCCCACUAGGGCCACUCAUGUGAACGUGUCCCAUUUGGUAAGGUCUGCUUUCAUGGGUAAUUCAACCCGGGUCCCAGUCUGCCCACCUAGGGCCUCAGCUGCUGAGGGAACCAGUCAUAAUAACCUCAUUCCAACCAGAGAACAGACACCUAGGCCAGCACAGCGCUCUGUGAGGACACCUGUGCAAAUCAUUAUAAAUAAUACAUCAAAUUCCAUAUGUGUAAGGGUUCCCCCUGGCGCUAUCGUUUUUCACCCAGACUCUCAGAAGCCACCCCAGCAACCACUGCAGUAUCCACAGCAGGCAUUUGUAUUGAUUCCAAAACAGCAUCAACCACCCAGGGCCCCUGUCCCCCAACAGCCACAGCCACAGCCAGGGCCAGCAGCUUCCUCCCAAGGGUCUAAUCCUCAGCAGGCGUCCUUGCCAGCUCAGCAAACUAGUCGCCUUAACACUGAGGGGCCCAGAGUGGUUCAACAGACCCAGACAUCUGUGGGGUAUCAGGUGAGCUCCACCCCACAGAGCCACAGGCAGAAUGUUCAGUCCCAGGGCUUCCAGGUCUAUACUACCAUGGUACAGCAGGGGCAGAGGCAGGGGCCGACCCAGAGUUUGCAUGUGAGAAUCAUACGACACAUAGUGACUGUGUCCAGAGCAGACAUUCAGUACUCUGCAUGUGAGAAUGCAGCUAGGGAACCCAGUGAUAGAGGAAUGGGAGGGCCACCAAACCCCCCAAGGCCCUGA